AUGACCUCCUUCCAGGAUAGGACUACCGAAUUCAGAACUUGUGUCGAAUCCAUUCGCAGUCGCUCUGCCCCUGGGGCCCGAGCCGAGGCAAAACAGCGCCUCCUACACCAGCCCAAUGGCAAACCAGCGGUCAAGAGCGAAUUCUCAAGGAUAGCAUCGUCUAUCGGCAAGGACAUCAGCAAUACGUCGCUUAAACUGAAUAAACUCGCCCAACUUGCCAAGCGCAAAACACUGUUCGACGAUCGACCUGUAGAAAUCAGCGAACUCACCUUUAUUGUCAAGCAAGAUAUUGCCAACAUUAACAAGCAGAUUGCGGCCCUCCAAAACCAUGUUAAGCAGGGUCAGGCCUCCACCUCGAUAGAGGGGAAGCAAAUAGACGAGCACAAUCGAAAUGUUAUCAUGCUGCUGCAGAGCAAACUCGCCUCGAUAAGUAUGACGUUCAAGGAUGUGUUGGAAGUACGGACCCAGCUGCAAGCACGCAACCCCCUUCCUGUAAGCGGUCGUAUAUUCGGUGCCUUCUCGGCUUAUUCACACGGCAACAUAGUGCUCUAUGGUUCCAAAACCAACCCAGAUCCCAUGGGGGACGGAAGCCCCGCAAAGUUUGAUCCCAAAGGCAAAGGGCGGGCUGCGCAAAACGGGGACGUGCUGGCACUGGACCUCGACUCGGCUGAGGAGGGUAGCGCCAACGGUGGAGCUUUCCAACAAAUGCAGCUUAUAGAGCAACAGGACUCUUACAUCCAGCAGCGCUCGUCUGCAAUUGAAUCGAUAGAAACAACCAUCGCAGAACUCGGUCAAAUCUUUACGCAGCUCGCACACAUGGUGGCCGAACAACGAGAAACCGUGCAGCGAAUUGACGCCGAUACCCAAGACAUUGCGGACAAUGUGCGAAUGGGCCACAACGAACUAUUGAAGUACUGGGGUAGGGUAUCUAAUGACCGCUGGUUAAUGUUGAAGGUGUUCGGGGUUUUGAUUGUCUUUUCACUCCAGUUCCUGCUAUUCAUCUUGGUGUCAUGA